CGUCAAUUAACUAACUAUGUGGAUCAACAAAUAAUAUUUGUUGAUCGUCAAGAGUCUAGAUUUUACACCUGGGCAUCACUUCAUCGUUUAUCGCCAAUCGCACAGUUUUUGGUUCUUUUGUUCUUUUUCCCACAACGACGCUUCUACGUGACUAUGACAUUGAAGUGAAGCUAAAGUGAAGAUGUUGGCGAUGAGACCCGACACGGUGUGGCUUCGUUGGACGGCUACUCUCAUUUGCCUGCUCUGCAAGCCCUUUCUAUUGUUGCCGAAGCCGACAGAGGGCUCCUUUUCACCGUCAACUGGCCCCCGCCAGUCACGUGUGCGGCAGCUGCUGCUGGACGGAAGUACCAGCUCACUGACAUCGACAGCCGGCGGCGCGGGCGGUGAUCAACAAGCCGUGGCAACUGAGCCAGGAGAGGUUGACGGUGCGAGCAGUACUAGCAAGGACCAUCUACAACCUGGUGCUACACUUACUGGCGAGCACUCGGUGGCGGACCAGCAAGCAGCGUCACUAUCGUUCCUGCGCCAGCCGCGGUACAAUCACUACGCAGAUGAUUUGCCGCAGAGUCGGUCCGGCACCCCUUUGCGGGAGGGUGGGGAUGAAGACAGAGGCACAACAACUGCAACAUCCAUUUCUGCGCAAUCGCAUCCGUUCGAAGAUGGUGCCAGGAGUGUGGAGAAAAUGCUGCAGCUUCCGUUGUCCACUUCGAACCGCGGAGUAGACAGCGCGGCAACUGCGCUCGAGCGGAGCCGCGACCGCUUGUAUCACCUGGGAAACCUUGACGUGGACAAAGUUAUGCCCCCAGGCGACCCGCGUCCCUGCACAUCACCCAUGAAAAAUCUCGAAAAUCACGGUUUGGACGCUUACGAACAAGAGUCCACCGAGGCCAGCCCCACGGGAUGCAGCCCCGGCCUGAGCAGUAGUCCAGCCACGCCUUGGGCCCAGAGCCCGUCGCUUUCCCCCGACGGAGACGGUAGUCCGACGGGGACGACGCCGCCCCUUUUGUCUCUGGAUGCCGAUUAUACGGCGGAAGGAGAUAUUGAGGGAACAGAUACGCGAAUUGUAGGAGCGCAAGACCAGCAAAUGGAUGCGCUGACGUUUGAGCUCAGCGGUCUGGAGCUUGACAAGAAGGAACGCAAUUUGCUCGCGCAGCCGACUGCGGUUGAUACGAGCUCGACGGAGAAAGUGAUGAAGGCAGUAGAAAUGGACGCGUCAUCCCCACCUCCGGAGGCCCUCGGCAAACCGGUCGGCAAUGAUAAUCCCGUACCUGCUGAAGAAGUGGGCAACGACAUCGUCGAGGAUCCGCGCGCCCUCGCGAAGCAGGUUGUAGCCGCGGCGAUUGAGAAGGCGAGCGUGAAAAAUCUAGUGCGGUCCAUUGUGGACAAGGCUUUCCACACCGCGCAAAGCAAACAACGGACAGAAGCCGGACAGCACGAAACGAAUAAGUACGACAAAAGCGAACUAGCAAGCACUGCCGGCAGUUCGGAAGCGACCGCUGAGGUGCCCUUGGUCCCCGCAGUGCCGCAGCCGCUCGUGCAGGUGCAGUACGAGGGUCGGGUGAUUUUCGUUCCCUAUCACCCGAACGAACAGGUUGCGCACUUGGUGCCGCGGGUCAGACACUUCUACUACACCGAAAUCGACCAGUCGGGGCGAACGGAGGAGCAAUAUCCCACGCACUUUCUCACUAUGUACCACAAGUGGGAACCGCUCACAGAAGAGGAGGAACGGAACCACAAAGCGCAACAGCAGCGGGAGGAGGAGGCAAAUCGGCCGCAGGCGUCAGGGACGACCCAGGAGGAAGAUGCGCAGAAGAUGAGUACCGGAGUAGAGAACGCCACGGAAACUGCAAUUGGACCAGCUAGUAGUCCUGCGGCAGAAUCGGAAGAAAGCGGAGAGGCGUCCUCGCCCGCGGAGGAUUUCUCCGGAUCCACCAGUAGUGCCGUCGAAGAAAGCGAAGAUCUUCAAAGCGCUACAAGCCCCUCUGCCGAGUCAGCUGCCAUGGAAGACGACAGCCCGAACCCCGAGUCAGAUUCAUCCAUGCAUGACGAUAGCGCGAACGCAGAUAGUACCGAGGCGUCGGACGAGCCGAUGGUGCAAGCAGAACAAGCAGCAGAGGAAACGACUGAAGUGGCGGAAACGACACCAGCCCCUACAAAACUGGUAAAGAUGGUGGGACGAAGAGAUCUGAACAUGCACGAAAUGCUCGGCUCUUUCUACGAAGAGGGCGGCGUUAUCGAAAUUCAGAACGCGGUCCAGGUCAACUUCAGCGACCGUCCCGGCGAAGUCUUCUUCAUGGGGUGCAGUACUUAUUUCGAGGCGUGGCAGGGUCUACGGGCGCGCGCCUUGGCGCUUUGGGAACGUGUCACCAAGAAGCCAUUGCCGGCAAAUGUUGAUGCAGUGCUGACAAAGUUCACAGGUCCAUACGCCAUGGCCGGAGUGAAAGAGGUUCGCCCGAUACCCGCUGGUAUGCUUGCGUUCUUUAUACCUUUAAGUACAAAAGUCGAAAUGGUGGAAGUUCAAAUUUUUCGAGAAGUGUGAUUACUUAUGGAAGGCAGGGCACCAUACAAGUACACUUGUGCUUCGACUGAGGUGGAAGCACUGUACUCACUUGAUGUUACAAAGACAAACAUAAAAAUAGAUUUAAGAAUUGGCGUAUCGAUGCUUGUACACGAAAUUACUGCCAAUGUUGAUUUCCUUUCACACACAGAUGCAAUCCCAGUCUCGCACGACAUGACAUUGAACAUGCAUUUUCCUGUGUCGGGCGUCCGGGUUCGUUACGACGGUUUGGAGUUCAUCUACCCUCUGACUGGCACGGCACGUGUGAUUGACAUCAAAAAAUGGGUUCAGAACUACUACACCAGUGUGCUGGGCUAUUCUGAUCGAAACCGGUUGUCGGACAUCGAUGUAAGAGGACCGAAUUAUAAUUUUGUUUUCAUUUGAGUAUUGGGAAUAUUCAAGGGCACACUGCCAACAUCAUCAUCAUCAGUAUUGGGAAUUCCUAAGCGUGAUGUUCUGCACACACAUUGAUUUGGAUCGAUGACAUGCAGUUUUGAAAAGAAAGCCAGUCACUUUCUCCAUUACUCUUGUCAGGUGUGGAUCGGCAAAGGGGGAAAGUUUGUGCGCCGCGCGGAGAACGACGAGCAAACAGCGGAGGCGGAGGCGCUACUGAUUCAGCAGGAACUAUCACAAGAAAAAACUGUUUCACUGUGAACUUGUGAUGCAUAGAACGGAACGCAAAUGUGUUUGUCUUGCUACACAUGCAAUACAUUGGGUUUUUAGCUGUGUUUUCCCUUAGGAAGCACGCAUGAUGUCAUGUGUAACAAACUUGUGAUGCAGAUCUUCCAAAAUCGUCACAGUGAAACAGUUUUUUCCUGUGAUAGGAACGCGCACAAUUGGCAGAACAGCUAGCAGCCUCGAGCGAAGAGUUCGAGCGAGAGUCUAUGGGCCUCGAAGACGUUCGCAUACCGUGGCAGCAACCUUCUCCUCUAGUAGCGCAGAACAGCGAUCAAGCGCACGAGGUCGCCGAGGGGGAUGCAGCUGAGCGGAAGGCCGACCUGAAGCUUCGAUCGGAUGAGUUGGACGCACAGGACAAGGAGAUAACGUGUCUGCUAUCGGAGGUAGACACCUUUCAGCAAAAAGAAAAAGAAAUUGCGGACUCGAGCCCGAACACACGUCAACGACACGAAGACAAGCUCGACGACGUGAUUCGCCGUCUGCGCGCACUGAAAGCAGAAGUGGAGCGGAACUUGCACUCUUUAAAGCGUGAUCUGGUGAAAACCGCAAAAAGGCACGAAGAAGUGAAGGAAGAAGUGCUGCGCCUCACGGGAGCUGCGAGCUCCGCGUGUAAUGCUGCAGCAGUGGAAACUUCCGCGCUGCAGACUGUCACGACUCGGGAACAAACGAAGAAGCCACAGACGGCAAAAAGGUCAAAACUGAAUCUCGGCGACAUGGACAUUCUAGACCUCUCGUUGGCACCAAAGCUGUUGAAAAUUCCUGGGGAGGCUAUCACGCUGAAUUUUCGCGCGCCCAAAAACGAAAGGCGAACGGUAACAGUUUUGUUCGAUCUGGUUCCCGGGGUGCUAAUUCGCAUGCCGCUCUUAGGGCUACAUGAGACGUUCGACAACCUGCAGAGUCGUGUAUUGCACUUUCUGACAGAAGGCGCGGGGCAGGGCUUGGGGAGGCAAUUAGCUCAGACCCUGCGCACAAAGUACGGGGCGUCUUUCAAUCCAGCGGACUUAGCCAAGCCGACGACACUGCUCGCGCCGGCGCCAAAUGCGGAUGUUCCAGGUUCGUCGACCACCGAUACAACUGGCCGGGGCGCGGCAACUACUAGUGAGACCACGGACCCCACUGCGCCUCGUCGCGUCGUUGGCCUGACCGGCGGUAUCUUGCAGUAUCUGUACGCGCCAGUGGCUUUGAAGGCUUCUGACGGAACGUACGAGGCCAUGCGCAACCCAGAACUUGAAAUCCAACUGAGCCGCGCGGUCAAGUACGACGCUCUUGGAAGCGCAUCGAUCGAAAGCGCCAUCGACAUGCUUCGCAUUGAGCACUUUGAAGUACAGUUGAUGCGGCUUGACUGGCAGCACUCCGGCGGCAUGCGAUGGGUGUUCCCGCCCGCGCCCGUUUCGUUGAGUGGGCCUAGCGAGAGCACCACAACACUGGUGUGCAGCGGUGAAGGAAUUACCGGGACGACUACGACGGCCGCUGUCCUUGCGGAGGCUCCGACGGCGAAGCCUGCGCCGUGUCCUGCAUUGCCCUUGCCGGUUCCGUAUCCUGUGCAAAAGUAUCGUAUUCGUAUAAAUGCAUUACAGCAUGAGAGCUGGACUUUGUCAUGCUGUUUUACCUUAAGGACAAGAUUCGUCAUGCAUAGUUGCAAUUGGUACGAGUGCGAUAUUUCUGCACAGGAUAUUCGCCCCCCGCCCAGUCCGCACUACCCGAUGCAAAAUGUGCGUGCAGCAUCGAGUACAGACGCUAGUCCGACGCCAGGGGAGGAUACCGAUUGUUCCGCACCGGAGAUGAAAUCCGCUGCCGAGGCCUUCCCUUGCCUUCUUUCCGCAGAAAACGCGGGGCCACCGCAAGCCACGAUUAGUGACUCGCGGCCUUGCACCGGAGACGCAGCGGCUUCAACUGUAGAGCAGAACGCCGCAGAAGUAGAUGUAGACCAGCAAAGCCUUACUGAGAGCGGCUCCCUUGACCAGAUUUUGUACGACCGCCGGCGGCACACCAAGGACGCGUUCGGCCUCUCGGGAAACCACAGAACCGGGAAUAUUAUGGGAAAUCAGAACGACAGUGGGCUGCAGUCUUCUGCUGGAGGUGCGGAAACUACCCAAACAGCAAAGGAGAGUGUUCUUGCGAAAGCAAACGCGAACGAAAAAAUGAACAUCCGCUACCACACACAGAACAUCAUGCAUGCGGCGAAGCGAUCUGAUUUACCUGAGGAUUUUCCUCGAAACAGUGGGGCCGCAUCUUCAUCUUCGAGCACGAUGCCCGUUGGUGCUGUUGACGAAGCAAAGCCGACGGCAGCCACGCAAGACGACAAUUUAGCCCACGAGGAAACGCAGUCCAAUUCUUCCAGUACUCCCGACGUCGACAUGUUGGACAUAGAAAACGAAGGGGAGAGGGACCACUACGGGGAUUUAGAUGCGAUGGUCGACGAUACGCGCAUUCGCCUCGCCCAGGAGGAUGCGAUCCGCGCGCUCCGGCGGCAGCGGAGAAAGCAGAGUAAAAAGGAACCGAAAGCGCCUACGGGGAUCGACCCCCGCGAUCUGCAAAUCACAAGGGGGCUGAAGAACGUGCCCUUCGCCGCCAUGCGGCACGUAGAUUGGAAUCCCCACACGGUGAUUAUGGUGGAGGAGCAGCAGCCCUCACCGCAAAACUCGAUGGACAAUUUGUUUUCCCCCACCGCCGUCUGGACGCAGGACAUGGAGCAGCGCGCGUGGCAGUACGCACGGGACCAGGUUCACGUCAUUUUCACCGUGCAGCUCGAACCACCGAUGGAACCAGCAGCUUUUGUGACGGGUGGUGCCGACAGCACGGGUCGUGGGUCCUCUUCAUCCACAGCCGGUGCUUCGACGCAGCCACUGCAGGAAGAUAGCUCAAUGGCGGAGCAACCAUCAACAGAGCAAGCAGGAUCGAGUUUGUCGGCCAGUGGACAAAAUCUGUGCAGCAGCCCUCCGUCCGUAAAUGGUACCGCCACUCUUUGCCAGCUCAAAACACGCUCCAGCGAUGGCAACGAGCAGACAGUAAACUCAAUCGUCUUUUUGAAACCAGUCGCGUCUUCUUCCAACGGUGAGCGUGAGGGUGCGACCGCUGCGGAAAAUGGAGCCGGUGGAACUAGAACCGAAAAGCCAACUACGGAAGACGUUAGCGAGACAAGUACCGGCCCGCCGGCUCCGUCGUCAGCGGCUGCGGCAAGUGUCGCUCCACCUUUGCCACCACCUCCGGUGCCGAUGGAGGUCGAAAGGCCGGAGGCAAAAAAGCCCGACCCACCGAAAAAAAACCGGUGUCGGGUGUGCAACAAACGGGUGGGACUAACCGGAUUUUCCUGUCCCUGCGGCGGGCUGUUUUGCUCCAAGCACCGGUACGGUGGCGACGUGGAUGAUGACAACACGCACCUUUGCGACUACGACCACAAAACGCAAGGUAAAAAGCAGCUGCAGAAGCAGCUCAUCGGCUAAAAACAAUGCAAAUUUUCACAAUUGUAAUCAGGAGUGCGUAGCGGCAGCAACGAAAACCCACACUGUUUCGCUUACCCUUACGCUCUCUGUACACACGAAAGAAAAUGCUAUGAGUGAUCGUCUAGUUCUCUUUUUUUUGUACAAUGAUAAUGAAAACUGCAAAUCUACUAUCUGGGUCACAUUUUCAAGAAGUAGGCUUCAGGUGCUCGAUGUGUAUAUCGUGGCCCGCAUCCAGGACCAGUUUUGAAGAAAUGCACAUGUGGUUGAGCAGAUCAGUUUAUUCUAUUUUUUUUCCCUCUGACAAGCCUGAGGAGAGGACGACGAGGUUGUAUGUAAGCCAAUCAAUGUCUGUCCUCUUUCGUUUCUUUGCGUGGUUGCAAUUUUUGAUCCAAGAAAAGUAACAAGCUGAAGUCCUGUAUUUUAUCGUUGAACAAAUUUCAAUUUCUACAUCCAAGAAAGGCCUCAUGAAUUCCAACCAUCCAUGCAGGUACUCCAUGACGGGAGAAACCCAUGGAAAAAUGAAAAUGGUUAUCUUGUCUGCGAAAGGUAAAAAAUGCAUUGCGAAAGUGAAUCUGAUAAACACACAGUCAAUUAAAACGACCACAG